GGCUUGAAUCACCCACGAAGAGGAAAUGGAAAACCAACGCUAGUAGCUUGUAGCCUAGCUACGAAACCCCGCAACAGCCCAACCCUUUCCUAAUUCACACACAGUUCGCGCCCACAGUUAAAUGGCUGUGUAGCUCAUUUACUAGAGCGGUUAAACAUAACUGGAUCAAAUGGUUUAUGACCCUGUACAGCCAUGGGUGACAUGAAAACCCCAGAUUUUGAUGAUCUUCUGGCUGCCUUUGACAUCCCAGAUGCCACAGGGUUGGAUGCCAAAGAACCCAUCCAGGGGAGUCACGAGGAGACAGAAAGUCAGCUGAAACACACAGGGAUAUGUCUGGAUGAUAGCUUACUGAGUAACCAAGCUGUCACAACAACAGAUAUUCCUGCUGUAAGUGUUAUUGUGAAAAACACAAGUCGCCAGGAGUCAUUGGAAGGUUUUGGACCAGCAUUGCAAAAUGGAUUCAGGGGACAAGAGACCUCCAUUGACACUGUCGAGACAACUAACACUGGCUUUUCCAAAACAUUUGUCUCUGCUUUGAACGGGGAUGGUUCAAGAGAGCUUCUUGGAAAGGCACCUAUUCAGCACAAACCUGAUGGAACACCAGUGUUUUCACAGCUUUCUCAUUUUAGUCCCAUCUCCAGUCCCGAGUCUGAAGACACUCAGUGUAGUAGAGAUGAAAUGCAUCCAAAAGAGAAACCCUGUUUCCCAGAUGCUUCAGUUCUGUUGGAGCCUUCAGUCCCAGAUAAUCAAAAAAAGCUGGACUUCAGCAUGUUUGAUGAUUGUCCAAAGGACUCUGAUAUUCCCAAGAACACCCAGAGCAGCAGAGUAGAAAGUAUUAGAAGUGAGGAGCCCUCUGACAUCUGUGUCAGCAACGAAAAGGAUACAACACCUAGAACACACAGUGCACUUCCCUCGCCCAGCGAUAGCCAGAACCUUAUUGAGAACAACCGCAAUUCGGGAACUUCAACAGAUAUUAAUUCUCAUUAUGCAUAUGUAAAAUAUCAGUCAUCUAAAUUAUCCUCUUGUCUUGAGGCUCUGGUGGCUCUGAAUGCUAGAAAAGACCCCAGAGAGUCAUCAGCUGUUCAAAAUGACUGCACGAAAGCAAACCCCAACGUGCCUAUUUCCCCACGAAGCCCCAGAAGUCCACUUGAAGCUGUGAAACGGUUAAUGAAACCCUCCGAUAGCCCUGUAAGCAUCUGCAGUGACAGUAGUGGCAAAGCAUCCCCUGCAGUGGCAUCUGGGUCACCCCCUGCCAUACCCAGGGUCAGAAUAAAGACCAUCAAAACUACGUCUGGGCAGAUCCAGCGCACCGUCACCAGUGUGCUGCCUGAUUCAGAAACAGAUGAAGUUCAUUCAGCAUAUGAAUCUUCUCCAGCACAGAGUAUGAUUAGUGAAGAUUCUUACUGUUAUAUGUCUCCCCAUCAGUCUCAAAGUGCUGCUGUUGAUAGCAUUGUUGGAAUACAAACUAAAGUGACCCCAGCUAGUACAUUUUCACCGAAGGUUUUACACAACAAAUCAGAAGCUAACUCCCGGAGGUCAGGCACAACGCAGUCCGCAACAGUAUUCCAUAAUACUAGUGGUCCGGUCAAACGAUCUGUUGCACGUAAGGGGCAGAAACCAAAGAGAGGAUCAGCCACAGCAGGCGGUACAGCUAGCACAAACUUCCUUCCCAAAGCAAUGCACUUAGCUAGUCUGAACCUGGUCCCUCACAGUGUUGCCGCUUCAGUAGCGGCACGGUCCACCUCUCAUCAGCAAAGCCAACAUACACUCUCAUCUACGGUGUACAGCACUGUCCCGCUGGUGCAUCAGGUCAAAACAGCCAAACCCUACCCUCACACAUCCACUCCCAACACAGCAGCCGGAACCUUAAACAGACUGUUGAACAGUGGCAACCCUGUGCCUACAUAUGUGCCCAACCUAAACCCCCCUCCAGAGAGCAAUAUCAACCUCCCACCGCGCGGUUACUGCUGCCUCGAGUGCGGGGACUCCUUCGGGGUGGAGAGGAGUCUUGCGCAUCAUUACAGCAGGAGGAGUGUUCACAUUGAAGUAGGAUGUACGCACUGUGCAAAGACGAUGGUGUUCUACAACAAGUGUGCCUUGUUGGCACAUGCACGAGAGCACAAGAACAACGGCAUGGUGAUGCAGUGCACGCAGCUCCAGAUGAAACCCAUAGCAGAGGAGCAAAUGUUUGCACCCCUGAGUACUGAACCUGUGAACACGGACUCUUACAGCUCACCAUCACCCUCAUCUAAAAACCAACCUGUCCUCCCCCUAUAUCCAGAUAAUGUCAUUCGCCACCGACUCCGUUGCCUGGAGUGUAACAAGCAGUUACCUGACUACAAAGCACUUGCAGGCCAUUACCAGAGGGCGUCAGAAGAUGUGGAAGGACUAAUGUGUAAGCCGUGCUCCAUGUUGUUACCCAACAAGUGCAGCUUCAGAGCUCAUGAACGCAUUCAUGCACACAAGUCCCCUUACUGCUGCCCUGAGUGUGGUGCCCUGAGUCGUUCUGCAGACAUACAGAAGCAUGUCAAGGAAAACUGUCUGCACUACGCUCGCAAGGCUUGGUACAAAUGUCUUCACUGUGAGAUGGUUUUCAAGACCCUUCAAGGACAAAAGACCCACUUUGAGGAGAAACACAGUGAAGUCUUUUACAAAUGUUCCAUCUGUCCAGUUGCCUUCAAGACCGCUGACAGCUGUGAAGAGCAUUUCAAAAACAAACACAGUGCUAGUAAAAUAUCCCCUCAGUUAAUCUUUAAGUGUUCAUGUGAGAUGGUUUUCAAGAAGAAGCAGUUACUGCUUCAGCAUUUCUAUCAGAAUGCCCUCAAGCGUGUUACUAGUGUGUUCAAGUGUCCAGAAUGCAACUCCGUCUUCCCACAAAAACAGCUAUUAAUGCAGCACUUCAAGGGCGUUCAUGUAGGAAACACGACAGCAGAGACCGAGAACGGCAGUAAACAAACAGAAACUGAAAAUACUGACUGGCACCAGGAAUCUCAUUCCGUCCAACAACAGAAGAGUUGCAGCUCCGCAAAACACACAGAUAGUCCCAGAAAAAAGGCUGAGCAGGACAGCAGAACACGUGUGAAGCCCACCGGCUGGACGUGUGGGGAGUGUCUCCAGUGGUUCCCUGAGCGAGACUCCUAUGUUUCUCAUGUGAAGACCAACCACGGAAAGUCAGUGAAGAAGUAUCCGUGUCGACACUGUGAGCAGUCUUUCAACUCAACAACCAGUCUGAGGCGACAUAUACGCAAUGACCACGAUGGAAAAAAGAAAAUGUACACUUGUUGGUAUUGCACAGAUAACACGGAGACAAUAUUUAAGACGAGUGUGAUGUUGAAGAACCACAUCAGUCUAAUGCAUGGAAUCAAAAAUCCUGAUCUCAGCCAAAUGCCGAAAACCGCCAUCCAGGAAUCAAAAAAGGCUACGGGCAAGGGGCUUGUAACAGAAAACAAGGACACACAGGAGGAGAGGCGGGAUCACACUUUCAGUCGCGAGGCUCCUUCAGCGAAGCGUCUGAAAACACAGUUCCGCUGUUCGAAGUGUGGUUUCAUCACAGACGACAGCACGCAGUUCAAGCAGCAUAUACCACAACAUAAAACGGAUGAAAACACUCCUCAGUGCCUUCACUGUGGCCUGUGUUUCACGUCUGUGCUGUCUCUCAAUAGACAUCUUUUCAUUGUACACAAAGUCAAAGAAGAGGAGAAACAAGAAGAAGAAGGAGAAGAAGAGGAGGAGGCAGAGGUUAGGGAGAAGGAGCAGGAUAACCAGCCAGUUAGAUCAACAGAUACUGAUGAGAUAAACGGCUUGUUACCGGAGCUAAAUGAACAUGAGCCAUCGCAGGCAGAAGAGCCAACAAGCCUGCACUGUGACAAGACCGCCGACUGUAAUUUAAAACUGAGCACUCACUCUCAGACACAAGCAGUCUCUCUCCGGUAGUGAGAGCCACCUCAACACGUCUUUAAAGCUGCUUUAAUAUCUUCAGUUUUCAUGUGAAAGUAACAAGGGAUGCUUGAUGUUCUGCUUAGAGGUGGUACAAAGUGUUUGGGCCUUGAAUUUAGAAAGUUAUCCAGAGUUUGUGCACUAUAUUCAACCAGUAACAUUUAGUAAAGUCAGUAUUUUUGUAAAUGAGAGGACAAAUUGAUUUUCAUUUUACCAUUGUUUUUAUUUAACUUGCAUGUUGGUAAUGUAUUCAUCUUGCCUUUCAGACACACCUGCACACAUAUUACAGAUGAAGAUUUUUCUUUCUAUCUUUCUUUCUUUAGAUAGAAACCACCCUGACAGGAGACUCAGGUCUGUUAGUUUUUAGGUCUGGUAUUGAUUGAUAUAACAGUGAAGGGCUGGGUUUUUUACUUUUGUAUUCACGUUAAUUUUAAUUUCUUAAAUGUUGUCUGAAGUAUUUAAUACUACACACUAUUGCCUGAAUGGGAUUCAGAUUUUAUGCCAUGACUGCGUUGCAGUUAAUUUGCAGUACAUCAAGAAUUGUAGUCACAGUUUAUUACAACAGAAAGUAUAUUUCAGUAGUCAUUUGAAAGCCGAAUUUCUGCAUUAUUGGUAAACUGUUAUUUGAAAAGCUAUCCUGUGAGUUGUCUUGCUGAGCGAAGCCUAUUGAAUUUAGGCUACACCUAAUAACAAGACCUUCUUUUGACUAUUUAAGCAUUCUGAAAUGCUUUUGUUUUUAUGCUUAUUGAACAUGUUUUGUUUUAUGGGUGCAUGUUUUAGCCCAGAUAAUUAGUUAUUAUUUUCUUUUUGAAUGAGUGUUCAGGGGAAAACAUGGAGAGGUAUUGGAUGUGUGGUGCAGCAGUAUUGAAAAUACCUCAAAUUGCCAGAAGUGUAUAUUUCCGGCAAGUGGACAUGUCAAGUCAGGGUACAUUGUUUUGGAUAAUCCAGAGCAUGCGUGAACGUGAAGUUUGACGGCAUACCAGAGAUAAUGUUUUACAAAUCAGGACCUGUUAACAUUAAGCCACUCUUCAUAAUAAUAAUACUAGUAGGAUCAAAGGAAUUGAUUUUAUCCAUGAUGACUUCAGAGGGAAAGACAUUUCUUAGAUCAGUGCUCAUAAGGAUGUGAACUUCUUGUUUGCAGGUCUUGAUUCGUAAAGCAGCACUUCUUGUUUUGAAUAGAAUACGUGACAGUUCCUACCUCCAUGGUUAAUGGCAGUGAUUGUUAAACGAUGAAAGUAUUUGAGGAGUUGCAGGUAAUCUCAGUGCAAUGUAAAAAAUUAGUAAAUGUGUAUUAUCCCACAUUAUUAAAUUUUAUAAAUUACUUUGGGAGUGAAAAAAAAAAAUAUAUAGUCAUAUUGACUUGACUUGGCAAGUGAACUUUUCUAUUUAAGUGCUAUAUGAGCUCUUUUCUUUCUCUGUUAUCUUAAGUCCUUAUAUCACUGCACUGCAGCUGUUAAACUGCAGAGGCAGAAAUGAAUGGCUUGUUCAUGACUUGCUCUUUUGUAAAGCUUGUUGAAAGAUAUUUGUACUUUUGAUACUUGUGAACAGUAAGGACUCGUUUAGUAAAGUAACCUAUGUACAUACAGUAGCCAAUGAACCCUUGAUUCACAACAUUUCUUAAGCCAUUACAUCUGUUCAGCAUGCAGUGGCCCCUGUGCCUUGCUGUAAUGUUUACGUAAAUUACUUACAAAUAAAUUGGUGCAUUUAAUUAUA